CAGGCAGCCCGGUCUUACGAUCAUCCCCUCCAGGCCCCUGGCCGCUUAAGCGACCGUGGUAGGUCGUCCGUACUCUGCUCCAUACAGCCUGCCGCUCAGCGACGCUCAGCAUCGACGUAGCGUGACGUUCCCAUGAUGGUGACGAUCGGCGACCUGCACUUUCGCCUUCCUGCGAAAGCCCCAUCAGACGCAACACCACUCAUGAAUUCGGCUUCUCCUUGGGCAGAUGUAGAGCACCUCCAUCAGCUACAUGAAUCCCCGAGCACAUCGGCGGUAACAACUCGCACAGUGCUGUUGAUCCAACCUGAUGUCGGUGAUUCAUCUUUCCAACAAGAUGAUAAAGUGCAUACGCACGUAUUCUUGCGCGAAAAUGGCGUCGAAAAAGGAUCGUUAAACUCCUAUGGAUAUGCCCCUCGUCCCUUGCAAAUGUUCUUGGCCGAAAUUCGCAAGACUCUGUCUGCAAGUGCGAAUCCUCAGAAACCGUUUAUUGUCUCCAUCACCGGCGACCCUGAAGCGGUGCACAUGGGGCUUCGAGAGCUCUCUUCACAAAUCUCGGGAACUGGGCCAUUGUCGCCGUGGUCCACCUUGCUUGGGUGCGAGAUCAAUUUGAGCUGUCCUAAUAUUCGCGGCGUCACCGUCCCCCCAGGCUACUCGAAAGACGGUAUAAAAUUGUUCAUCCACGCAGCGAAGAAUUCCAGAGCACAUGCUCGGACGACCGUGACGACUGGACUGAAGAUCCCACCAUACACGUACCCAGCUCAAUUUUCACAGCUCGUUCAAGCAUUGGAGGAGACUUCGCCGGAAGCUCUGAGCGAGUCUGCCACGGAUGGGGCCAGGCCACACACAAUCCAAUUCCUGACAGCUAUCAAUACACUCGGUGGCUGCACAUGGUUCAAGAACGAGGCAGCAGGGCACUUGCUUGAGCCCAGCCUGCCUGUGGACAGCACCAAAAACUUUGAAGGCUUUGGAGGGUUGGCGGGCGAAUCGUUGCACCCGCUCGCGCUGGGCACCGUGAAGCGCCUCCGCAUGAUGCUCGAUGCUUCGCAACAUGCAUCUGUACGCGAGAUCAAGAUCAUUGGUGUUGGAGGUGUCACGAAUGGUGCGGCUGCAAGGAGAAUGCAGGCUGCUGGGGCAGCAGUAGUAGCGCUGGCGACGUCACUAGGUCGAGAGGGUGUCGUUUCUUUCGACAGGAUACUUUCGGAGCUUUGA